GGAGUUUCGGGCGGAGUCAGGGGCGAACGCUUAUAUUGGGGAGCCUGAGGGAGGACUGCGCUGGGUGCCUCUCGGACAGGCUGGGAAUUGGUUACAGCACGCGGAGUGUUCUUCCCCGGGACGACUAAAGGAACUAUAGCAACAUGCCCUCCGAUAAGAAGGACGAUGGCGGAUGGAAGAAGUUCCUGUGGAAUUCGGAGACAGGGGAGCUGCUCGGCCGUACCGGGGGCAGCUGGUUCAAAAUUACGCUGUUCUAUGUUAUAUUCUACGGCUGCCUGGCUGGGAUCUUCAUUGGCACCAUCCAAGCAAUGCUGCUCACUCUGAGUGAAUACAAGCCCACCUGGCAGGACAGAGUUGCACCCCCUGGCCUCACACACACCCCACGGUCAGAUAAAGCUGAGAUGGCCUUCAACCCCCGAGCCGUGGAGACCUUCCUGCCUCACACGAAGGCUCUGAGGGAGUUCCUGGACAAGUACGAUGAGAGUAAACAGAAAGACCAGAUGAAGUUUGAAGACUGUGGAGAUCAACCUGCAGACUACAAGAACAGGGGUGACUUGGACAGUGAUGUGGGUGUCCGAAAGGCCUGUCGCUUCUCCAGGGCCUUGCUGGGACCCUGCUCUGGCUUGGAGGACACAGAGUUUGGUUUCAAGGAGGGCAAACCCUGUCUGAUUGUGAAGCUGAACAGAAUUGUCAACUACCGCCCGCGGCCUCCUACCUCUAAUGAGAGUAUUCCUGAGGAGGCUCAACCCAAGGUGCAGCCCAACGUGAUCCCCAUUUACUGCACCAGCAAGAAAGAGGAGGACGCUGAUAAGAUCGGAGAGAUUAAGUACUACGGCAUCGGUGAAGGGUUCCCCCUGCAGUACUACCCCUAUUACGGCAAGAAGCUGCACCCGCAGUACCUGCAGCCGCUGGUGGCGCUGCAGUUCACCAACCUGACCCGGAACACUGACCUCCGCAUCGAGUGCAAAGUGUUCGGAGAUAACAUCGACUACAGCGAGAAGGACCGCUACCAGGGACGCUUUGAGAUCAAGAUCCAGGUUGAAGAAUCAUGACCGCCAUCAGGCCCAUAGCACUCCCCCGCCCCGCACCCCUGUAGUAUCAGUCAGUUGUAUGAGAUGAGAGGGGCAGGCUGUAGCUAUUAGCUCGUGUUGGCUGAGUGAAGGGGAAACGCUGUUAGGGACUGUUGUGUAAUCUGCUUUCAUCACUUGCUUCUGUAUUUCUGUCUUAGCCUUAGAAUCAAAUUUAGGGGAACGUAGCAAUAGGGCCAAUGAAAAUAUUUAGUGUGCUGUAAAUGAUACCUCUAAACAAGCCAUGGGACACUUCCACGGAGUCUGUGUGCGCGGCAUAGCGAGCCGUCUGUCCCCUCUGUAUCGCUGCCUGUGUGGUUUUAGCAGCUAGUUCUUUGGAGUGUACAGAUCGGGUCCUUCAACCUCCUCUUACUGUAUGAGCAAGCUUCAGCAGUGCCAGCCAUGAGCCUCAGACAUGUCCUUAAUAAUAACAUUAAUAAUAAAAUGGUUCCUCGCUGUGAUCUAUGUAAGGAAAACGCUGCACUCCAGGAAACCUCUCCUCUUUAUUUCUUUUACAGCUGAUCGUGGGAGACCUCCUUAAAUCGUUCGAAUGUGUGAUUGGGUUUUAUUUGUUUCAUGCCUUUAACUUUUGAUUCCGCCUUGAAUGUAGACUCGUGUCCAGUGUGUUAGACCCUGGCCUGUUAUAAGGGCGACGGUGCUAACUAAAGGGUUUGUUCUUGUUUUGUUGGCAACUCUCUGAAUGUUUGCAACCAUAAAACAUGUUGGAAGACUUUUAUAUUGAUGCAGUUGUACAUUUUAUUUCUUUGCAAAAUAUUGUAAUGUAUAAUGCAAUACCAAAGUGAUGAGUGUAAGAGAGUCUUUAUCAGAAGCAAUGCAGUACGCCUUUGUAGGCUGUCAGCGUCUUGCCUUGCGACCUUUAAGGGUUGACUCUGAGUUUAUGUUCUGGCCGUGAAUGUAGGCGAGUGUGUAACGAAGAGCUGACAGGCGGCUAACUUCCACAGGCCUGAUGUCCAUGCAUUUGUCCAAAAACACGGAGUUCCCGCAGAGCUCGGUGGCUUAGAUGAAUGACGAUGUUGGCUUUAAUCUGUAGGAUCUCAUGUUGAUGUAUAACAUUCGACCAUAAAUUUACCUCCAGUCAACUUUUCAUCUGUUCAUUUAAUCAGAUAGAAACCAAUAAAGUCCGACUGGACCUUC